AUUUUGAAGAUAUGAGGACCAUUCUUUAGCAAAGAAGUCGAUAAAGUUAGGGUCUCUGAGCAACGAUGUAUUGAACCUCCAGCUCCUUAAUGAAGGUGGGGAAGUUUUGUUUUUAAGAGUCAGGGAUACCGAUGCGUGAUCACUGAUAGUAAUGGGGUGGAUCUGUGUUUCUGUAGCUAUGCUCAACAAGGAACUGUUAACAAAGAAAUAAUACAGCCUGGGGUAAAAUACCAUGUUUAAUUAAUUCUCACUGGCUCAGGGCCAGCUGCUGCAUGAUGGGAGGACAGCGUGCCGCGCCCCGCCCUGCAGCAGAGAAGUGAACGGACCAGAUUCCUGACGUGGACUCAGGAGAACAGCAGGACUGUGACACAGGCCGCAGCGUUGCCCCGUAAUUUGAAGCAUUCCACUCCACGUCAAUCACUUUCUGUAGCGUCAAAAGACGCACCGACGCAGGAAAGCAUCUCUGCUUCUCAUUCAGCGGAACGUUUCUCCCUUUUUCCUCAUCCAGGUUUGCACACAACAAACCACAGCAGCAACAAGAAACACCUGGAAACAGGAGCAAAUAUGUGCUGCUCACAUGUAGAACCAAUAAGGACGUCGUUUUCCUGAAAUACUGACAGAACCUCCAUAGAAGUCCACCUUUAUUCAUGCAAACAUCUUUCCACGCUUUCAGCAGCUCUCAGAGCUUUACAGUUCAAAACGAACUGGAAAAAAGGAACCACCAAGAUUCAAACCGUUGACCCCCUCCACUGACCCUGUGACCCCCCCACACAAUGAACACAGCAUGAAAACAUGACUGCAAUGGAAAAGAAACUGUUCCUUAGAAAGGACUUGACAUUUUCCUUUACCGUUACCAAAACCCAGAUAAGCAAAGUGAUGCUCAGAUAUGAGGAAGGAAAUGGACUUUAGUGUUUGAACGUCAUCUUCAGACCCGUAACGCACCCACGCCGUUUACCUGAAGCUACUAAUCAAUAGAAAUGCUUUUGUUCUUUCUCUCCAUUGACUGUGAUUCAUGGGGCGUUCCCCCGUUCUCUGAGCUAAAUAUUCCACAAAUAGAUGUUGACGGUUCAGAAGGGUGUGCCUGCUUGUUGUGAUGCUCACAAAGGAGGUAACACGGGUUUGACGCUGUAGCACAGCAACACACCCAGAGCUGAGGUCACCUGAGCAGCAUAAAAGCAGAGCAGCUGCUCAGCAGCAGCAUCAAACCGGCAGAAGUCACCUGUGCAUCAAGAUGAAGCUGAUCUUCUCUCUGACUCUCAUCUAUGCGCUCUGCAGCUCAGCUGCUGCUCUUCAGUGUGACGCCUGUGCAGACGCAGCAUGUUCAACCACAUUUAGUAAGAAUUGCGGCUCAGGGACCUUGUGUGUAACCGCUUCCAUCACAGCCUCUUCACCUGGAGCUUCAGGAACACGAGUCUACAAGAACUGUGCUAUUCCUUCUCUUUGUCCCAUGGCUGGAGCGGCAACCUUUUCCGUCAACUUGGGUUAUUCCAGUGCCAUUGCAUCGGCUCAGUGCUGCAACUCGGACAACUGCAACUCCCAGACCCUGGCUUUUCCUACCCCUCCGUCUGCUAACGGCCUGACGUGUCCCGGCUGUGACCCGCCCACCUCUCAGUGCAGCUCUACAGUCCAGUGUUCAGGAGACCAGACCAGCUGCUUCCAAGCAACCUUGACUAACGGCUCCACAUCAUAUCCAGCUCUGGGCUGCGUGUCUCCAAACACAUGUGCAGCUGCAACCGGCCUGGGGAAGCUGCCUUUCAUGGAGAAUGUUGGUGACAUCACCGCUGGACCAGUUUGCAGCGCUGCAACCAGCAUAACCACAACUGCUCAACCAACGACUUCUACUACUCAAGCAACCACAACUGCUGCUACGGCACCUGCAACUUCAUCAACCUCCACAAGUUCUGAAACCACAACAGUUGCAGCAUCAACCUCCAUAAGCUCUCAAACCACAACAAUUGCACCAUCAACCUCCACAACACCAGAAACUACAACAGUUGCACCAUCAACCUCUGCAAUCUCUGAAACCUCAACAGUUGCGGCAUCAACCUCCACAACACCAGAAACCACAACAGUUGCACCAUCAACCUCCACAGCACCGGAAACCUCAACAGUUGCACCAUCGACCUCCACAACACCAGAAACUACAACAUUUGCACCAUCAACUUCCACAACACAAGAAACCACAACAGUUGCAGCAUCAACCUCCACCAGCUCUCAAACCUCAACAGUUGCAGCAUUAACCUCCACAACACCAGAAACUACAACAGUUUUACCAUCAACCUUUGCAAUCUCAGAAACCUCAACAGUUGCAACAUCAACCUCCACAACCACUGAAACCUCAACAGUUGCAGCAUCAACCUCCACCAGCUCUCAAACCUCAACAGUUGCAGCAUCAACCUCCACAACACCAGAAACUACAACAGUUGCACCAUCAUCUUCCACAACACUAGAAACCUCAACAAUUGCAGCAUCAACUUCCACAAUCUAUGAAACCCCAACAGUUGGACCAUCAACCUCCACAGCACCGGAAACCACAGCAGUUGCACCAUCAACCUCCACAACACAAAAUGUCUCAACAGUUGCAGCAUCUACCCUCAACAGCUCUGAAACGUCAACAGUUGCUGCAUCAACUUUCACAACACCAGAAGCUACAACAGUUGCAGCAUCAACCUCGACAACAUUAGAAACUACAACAGUUGCAGCAUCCACCUCCACAACACCUGAAAUCUCAACAGUUGCUGCCUCAACCUCCACAACUAAAGAAAACUCAACAGUUGCCGCAUCAACCGCCGCACCAUCGACUGCUGCCGCAAUAACCUCCAUCAUCUCUGCAACAUCAACUGCUGCAUUAUCAACUUCCGCAAUCUCUGGAGCCACAACAGUUGCAGCAUCAACUUCCGCUAUCUCUGAAGCCACAACACUGGCAGUAUCACCGCCCACCAUCUCUGACCCCACAACAGUUGCUGUGUCAACUUCCGCUAUCUCUGAAGCAACAAAAGGUGGCAAAUCAACUUCUACUAACUAUGAAGUUACAACAGUUGCUACAUCCACCUUGACAAGCUCUGACCCAACAACAGUUGCUGCAUCAACGUCCGCUGUCUCUGAAGCCACAACAGUUUCUGCAUCAACUUCCGCUGUCUCUGAAGCAACAACAGUUGCUGCAUCAACUUCUGCUGUCUCUGAAGCAACAAUAGUUGCUGCAUCAACUUCCGCUUUCUCUGAUGGCACAACAGUUGCUGCAUCAACUUCCGCUACCUCUGAAGCCACAACCAAUGCAGCAUCAACUUCCGCUGUCUCUGAAGCAACAACAGUUGCUGCAUCAACUUCCGCUAUCUCCGAAGCCACAACCAUUGCUGCAUCAACUUCCGCUGUCUCUGAUGCCACAACAAUUGCAGCAUCAACUUCUGCUGUCUCUGAAGCCACAACAGUUUCUGCAUCAACUUCUGCUCUCUCUGAAGCCACAACAGUUGCUGCAUCAACUUCAGCUACCUCUGAAGCCACAACCAUUGCAGCAUCAACUUCCGCUACCUCUGAAGCCACAACAGUUGCUGCAUCAACUUCCGCUACCGCUGAAGCCACAACACUGGCAGUAUCACCGCCCACCAUCUCUGACCCCACAACAGUUGCUGUGUCAACUUCCGCUAUCUCUGAAGCAACAAAAGGUGGCAAAUCAACUUCCACUAACUAUGAAGUUACAACAGUUGCUACAUCCACCUUGACAAGCUCUGACCCAACAACAGUUGCUGCAUCAACGUCCGCUGUCUCUGAAGCCACAACAGUUUCUGCAUCAACUUCCGCUGUCUCUGAAGCAACAACAGUUGCUGCAUCAACUUCUGCUGUCUCUGAAGCCACAACAGUUGCUGCAUCAACUUCAGCUACCUCUGAAGCCACAACCAUUGCAGCAUCAACUUCCGCUACCUCUGAAGCCACAACAGUUGCUGCAUCAACUUCCGCUGUCUCUGAAGCAACAACAGUUGCUGCAUCAACUUCCGCUAUCUCCGAAGCCACAACCAUUGCAGCAUCAACUUCUGCUGUCUCUGAAGCCACAACAGUUUCUGCAUCAACUUCUGCUGUCUCUGAAGCCACAACAGUUGCUGCAUCAACUUCAGCUACCUCUGAAGCCACAACCAUUGCAGCAUCAACUUCCGCUACCUCUGAAGCCACAACAGUUGCUGCAUCAACUUCCGCUACCGCUGAAGCCACAACCAUUGCUGCAUCAACUUCCGCAGUCUCUGAAGCCACAACAGUUGCUGCCUCAACUUUUGCUGUCUCCGAAGCAACAACAGUUGCUGGAUCAACUUCCACUGUCUCUGAAGCUACAACCAUUGCUGCAUCAACUGUCGCCGUCUCCGAAGCAACAACAGUUGCUGCAUCAACUUCCGCUGUCUCUGAAGCCACAACAGUUCCAGCAUCAAGUUUCGCUGUCUCCGAAGCAACAACGGUUGCUGCAUCAACUUCUCCUAUCUCUGAAGCCACAACCGUUGCUGCAUCAACCUCCACUGUUUCUGAAGCAACAACCGUUGCUACAUCAACUUCCACUUACUCUGAAGCCACAACAGUUGCCACAUCAACCCCCGCACCAUCAACUGCUGCCGCAAUGACCUCCACCAUCUCGGCAACAUCAACCGCUGCAGCAUCAACUUCCGCGAUCUCUGAAGCAACAACAAUUGCUGCAUCAACUUCCGCAGUCUCUGAAGCAACAAAAAUUGCUGCAUCAACUUCAGCGGUCUCUGAAGCAACAAAAAUUGCUGCAUCAACUUCUGCGGUCUCUGAAGUAACAACAGUUGCUGCAUCAACUUCCGCUAUCUCUAAAGCCACAACAGUUGCUGAAUCAACUUCCGCUAUGUCCGAAGCAACAACAAUUGCUGCAUCAACUUCCGUGGUCUCUGAAGCAACAAAAAUUGCUGCAUCAACUUCCGCGGUCUCUGAAGCAACAAAAAUUGCUGCAUCAACUUCUGCGGUCUCUGAAGUAACAACAGUUGCUGCAUCAACUUCCGCUAUCUCUGAAGCAACAACAGUUGCCACAUCAACCGCCACACCAUCAACUGCUGCCACAAUGACCUCCAACAUCUCUGCAACAUCAACUUCCACUAACUCUGAAACCACAACAGUUGCAUUACCGAGCCCGACUCUCCCUCAAGCCACAACAGUUGCUACAUCAACAUUCACUACCGUUGAAAUAACAACAGCUGCUUCUACCAAACCUUCACCAGUAGCCUCAGCAACCUCCGCCGUCCCUGCACCAGUUGCCCCAGCAACUAGCGGUGCCACUGGAGCUGGAACAACCCAAUCAACCACGGUGUCAACAACCAGCAGUUCUGGACUUUCUGUCCAAAUGUGUGUUUUCAACCUCCUGCUUGGUCUUCUGGUCUUCAUGUUGUAAUUGACCGUGGAGGUUUCAGCUCCGUUUUGUUGGGAAAGUUGCAUUUCUCUCUCAUGCUAAACCAAACGUGAACAUCUGGUUACCAAUGGGAAUCUAGAAAUGUGAAAAAGGUCACAGUAUGAACCUAAACUUGAAGAUAUUUUUGAUGUUCCUGCAUUAUUAUUUAACAUUCCUAUUUAUUGUUUGUUGUUGGAACAAACUGUUAUUUAAUAUUAAUUGGUUAAAGUCAGAGAAGCUUUUUAAAUCCUUUCAUCAAAUAUUUAUUUCUUUGUAUUUCUCCACAUUAUUUAUUGUCUUUUAACCAGUUGUAAAUAAAGUUUUAU